UGCAGCUCUCCAAUCCACUGCUGGACUAAGGCCCUUUUUGCCACGCCGCGUGGGUCGUGGGGAUUUGGUUUGACCAUACUUUACCACGGCUGGUCACUGCUUUGUAAUUACUUCAAAGGGAAGUCAGCUGCAGAGCGCGGCGCUGUUCGGGGUCCGACUUCGGCAGCACCGCGGUUUUCGUUCUCUCCGCGUCAACAACAACAACACAACAACAACCACAACAACGAGGGGAAGAAGAAGCCAAGCGGGCAUGCCCGGACAGUCCAAGGAGAAGAAAGACGAAGCCCACGAAGAAGAAAUGGAUCAAGAGUCGCCCGAGAAUGAGGAUAGUUCGGACGAGGAGAGCGGCAGCUCCACGGGCUCCGAGGAGGAGGAGGAGGACAGCUCGGACAUGAACGAGGAGGACUACGAAAGGCGGAGGACCGAAUGCCUCAGUGAGAUGUCUGAUUUGGAGCGGCAGUUUUCGGACUUGAAGGAACAGCUCUACCGUGAGCGGAUAAGCCAAGUUGAUGCCAAACUUGAGGAAGUGAAGACUGGGAAGGCGUCUGAAUACCUGGAGCCACUUGCUUCUCUGCAGCAGAACAUGCAGAUCCGGACUGAGGUGGCAGGGGUGUACAAGGAAUUUUGUUUGACGGUCGUCAAACACAAGUAUGAAUGUGAGCUACAAGGUGCACGUCAACACCUGGAGAGUGAAAAACUUCUGUUGUACGACACGGUCCAAAAUGAGCUGGAGGAGAAGAUCAGGCGCUUGGAAGAGGACCGCCAGAAUGUUGACAUCACCUCUGAACUCUGGGGUGACGAACUCAGAACGAAAAAGAAGAAGAAAUUUGAUCCGUUUAAUCCAGAGAAAAGAAAAAAACCAGUUACUGUUACUGGUCCAUAUAUCGUCUAUAUGCUUUGGGACAGUGAGAUUCUAGAAGACUGGACGACUAUCAAAAAGAUAACGGGUAAAGCUGCAGUGAGCCAGACAAGGAGGAAACCUGAUGUGGUGUUCAAGCAGGAUAAGCACCAGUACUCGGCUCGCUUCGAGGAGGGGAGGCUCUUCUACGAGGGUGACUGGUAUGGCCGGGGACACAGCAUCAUCAUCGACACCAAGGACGAUUCGCCAAUGUUCGCUACGAUAACAGCCAUCAACACGCUGGAGGUGUGGAUCAAGCGGUCGGACAACAGCAAGUCAAAGCUGUACAUCUCUCAGCUGCAGAAGGGAAAGUAUACAAUCAGGCACGCGUAGCCGCCUGCCUUACAAGCGGAUUCCAACUCCUCUGCACCACGCUGGAGCAAAACAGAAAAAGGACGUGAAUUUUUAAAAUAUAUAAUCAGCGGUGUAUCAUUAUCUUUUUUAAAAAGGGUUUGUGUAAGCCCAGUUUUUUAUUUUAUUUGUGUGGGCUAUGGAAUUUCCCAAUGCAGCUGUGAUGUGCAAAGUCAUUAUAAACGGACACUUUUUAACAGCUAACAAGACAACAGCAACCCGAUAAACAAAAACAGAUUUCCUUGCAAGAUUUGCUGUUAUGCCGUUUUUAGGGACAUAGGAAGCUACAUGUGGGUCUUUUUUGUUAAUAACUUAUUCAUAAAAGUUAUAAUCUUAAUUUUAAAUGAACAUAGGUGUAGGCUAGCUUUACCGAAUACAUUUUUGUUUGAAAGUAUACAGCAAGCAUUGUAAUGGUUUUUACACGCAUUUUUUUUAAACGUAAAUAUCUUUAUAGCCUUUUUCCAGUUCUGUGUUUUUGUAGUUGUGUACAGUAUUUUUUUAACAACAAAACCCAUCCUAAACUCAUUCCUAAACCGUUUUGUCAUUUUUUUUGACAAACCGUUGGGAAUAUACAAGCAACUACAAUGCAUUGCAAUGGAUUGUAGCUUUAAGCGCGAGGAUGAUGUACUCCUACCCUUGUCUGACGUGACAUCGUCCAGUCAAAGUGAAAUUAUUGACCAAGCUAAUAGUGGAAUGCAGUGCAUCGCCUCGAUGGUGCUAUUUGCAUAGACGAGGAAUGUGGCGGUGUAGAUUCAUCAGUGAAAAUCGAUUCUUGCACUCAGAAGUACACGUGUUUCAUUGUGCGUGUGAGAAUUGGAUGAUUUUAGAGUAACAUAAAUGAUAUUACAAUUAUAUUCCAAUAUUGAAUUUAGGCAAAUGGAGCAGACAGAACUGUUUAAAACAAGAUGGAAAAAAGGAAACAUUACAAACGAGACAAAUCAGGAACUUUAUUUUUUUUUAUCGAAUGACGACCACGAAUCGUGACAAUUCAUCAAAUCGCUGAGAACAAAAAAAAAGAAUCCCAGAGAAACAACACAAUGGACGUGUUCAAUACGAUACAAUCGAAUCGCCACCCUGAAACUGCGACAAUUGAACAGUUGCAUGCCCUUCAACGACACGUUGCCUUCUGGGUAACACAGACAUGCUUGAUGAGGCGAAACGUUUGGACGUUCUUGGGCUGCGACAGUAAAUGUUAUCGCAUAAAUUAUAUAAAAACAGAAACCAUUUUGGCAGACAUUUACACAAAGCAAAAAGCAACCAUGUUUUGAGCCCGACUUUUUAUCCAAUCUGUGAUGAAAAUGUGGCUGUCUGCAGCAUCACGGCCAAAACCUGUUAAAUAAGAUCAUUUAUUUGCUUGAGACAUCAUUAAAAUUCGUACACACCAAUAGUCGUUAUAUCUACCUUGGUGUGAGUUUUGGUUGCCUCGUCAAGGUGUGAACCUGGCUCAGCAUUCAUCCAAAUACUGCACGUUCGUUUAAUUCAACAACGUACAGCGUGCUACUGUGUGGAAAAAUACAAGUGGCAGUUUCAGCCGAGAUGGUGGGGUUUUCUCCCUGUCAAGUUGGCGUUGCGUUUAGCGUAAGUGCGUGGCUGCACUGUUGGAGAGAAGAGCAUGGAAACUUUAUUGCUUGCACUCUUGUGUUGUAUAUUAGACGAUGUACAUAAUGAUUAUGUCUUUGAAGAAUGUUUGGUGUGAAUAAUUAUUAUUUUUUUUUUUUGCAAUGUAAAUUGCUUUUCUUUCGCAGUCCUUGGAAAUAGAGUUUGAUACUGGCAUGUUAUUAGGCAGGUAGCAAAAAUACUUCAUGAUCGGCAUUACAUGCAACACUCGCAUUGCAAUUGAGGUGGAUUUUAUUUUUUACUUCAGAGUGAAAGCUCGCAUUUGGUCCGUUCGGAAUCUUGAAAUUUGGUGGCAAUAAGAUGCUAUACAAAUCAAAAUUCAAUUGUAUUGUCCUGCAAUUAUUAUUCUUUUACCAAGAAGGGGUCAUGGCUGCAUCCAUCCCAUCUCCAAAAUUCUCAUCUCGACCCGAUUCCUGGGUUGGAUAUCAUCUCUAGCUAUUGUGUGUCAGACUUAAGUCCAUUUUAAUGUCAUCUAUUUCCUAACUUCACUCUUAAGUACAACAGCUAGCUAGGCGUAAGUUAUAAAGCCUCGAAUGGUUCAUGUCUGCCCUGUGUCAUAGUUUAACAUUUUAAGAGAACGUUUCAGCACAGUGAUUAUUGACUGUGCACCCCACUCAAGGGCAGUGGGAGAGAGGGAACAGAUGAUUAAAGAAGAAAUGUCACUGAUAAUGAUUGUGGAAAGGUAAAGCUUACCAGGUUUCUGGGAGGCUCAACCAGAACACGGGGUGAGUCAGCUUCCUCCCUCCUUCAGACCUGCCCAAAUAUCAAUAGCCACACUCAUUCAGCCACUAGCGGCACUCUGAGUGAGAUUCCUCGCUCGUGCCCCCCCCCCCCAAACUCCUCUGCCAUCCCUGCCCUAUACCCAGGCAGUCCUGCCCUAUGUAUCAUGAGUCAAGCUGGGAACCAGAAUACUUGAAACCGGGACAAAAUCUCUGAAUGUUACAAUCGUUGGAACACCGGGACAGCCUUUCUGAAACAAGGACUGUCCCUGCCUAACCAGAUCAUUUGGUAGCUUUUUGCAAGUAAGAAUGUGAUAUGUGCCCACGUCGAUACAUUAAAUAAGAAUGAGAAAACCUGUUUUUAACGGUUCAAUUCCAGUUUUCUGUGGCCUGCGUUCUCCACUCAUUUCCGCGUCUUUUGGUCACGUGCCUUGAUUUGGUUUGCUGAGCCUCGUGAAUUCCCGCAGAGCAAUGGAACCUGCGCUCUGCUGGAACCUGCGCUCUGCGGGAGGACACAGUAAGGGUUGGUGGAGGGACGUUUUGAAUCGCCUCCUAAUAUUCACACAUUACCAUUUUUAUUAUUAUUAUAUAAGGCUGCCACAACAGUGGUCUGAAGGGCAGAUUCAUCGGCAAUGCAGCUCAAUAGGCAUAUUACCAUUUACUUUCCGAGUAUAGAAUGAAUAGACAUGAAGGGAUGUAACUAGUUAUUUUCAUUUAAUAACCUCUCAUACAAAACAUUGUGAGUCCUGGAACCUGUUGAUUUAAAUUAUUUGAAUAAACCUUUGCAGUGUAUGUUCUACAUGCUAACAGUACCGCUCUGUGCCAAACAUGUAUAAUCGAUUUACAUAAAGAAUCUUGAUUUGAAGCUUUCGUGACUGCAGGAAUCCAUACUCUUUGGUUCUUUUGGUAAAGUCACGUAGGUAGAAAAUAAAAUAAAUCACGACGUUUCGGGCGCAACACAAGCAUCCAUCAUCAGGUGGGAAAGCAUGGUCUGCUGCUUAGGCAGUCUGUUUAAAAAAGUUUUUUGUAAAAAAAAAAAAUUUGUUAAAAAAGUUUUUUUUGUUAAAAAGGUUUUUUUUUUUUAAACAGUCUGCCUCAGCAGCAGACCAUGCUUUCCCACCUGAUGAUGGACGCUUGUGUUGCACCCGAAACAUCGUGAUUUAUUUUAUUUUAUACCUACGUGACUUUACCGAAAGAACCAAAGAGUAUUUACAUAAAGAAAUUACAUAAACGCAACAACUUUACAAGACGAUUAUCCCCUUUGUGACAUUCGACAUUGUGCGAGGUAUACCCAAAAAGAAUGCCGUUAUUUUUUGCAAAGGUAAUACAAAAUGUUUGUUAUUUAAUUGUAUGAGUGUCAUGAACAUUUGGCUUUUUUUUACUUUUCUAUUCACUCUUGUACCAAUGUAGAGCCGGAGCCAGCGGAACAUCACUGUUGAAGGAUUUACGAAUAUCUUAACUUGUCGAUUUAAAGCUUUCGUGACUGCAGGGAUUCAUCUUAUUGGUUCUUUCGGUAAAGUCACGUAGAAGGGAAAUAAUAAAAUAAUAAAAUAAUAAAAAUAAACAUAAAAUAAUUCUCACGACGUUUCGGCCACAACGCAAGCAGCCGUCCUCAGGUGCAGACCAGACCUGAAUCAGACGCUGUCUCCCCGACAGACCUGGUCUUCACCUGAGGACGGCUGCUUGCGUUGUGGCCGAAACGUCGUGAGAAUUAUUUUAUUAUGUUUUAUUUUUAUUAUUUUAUUAUUUCCCUUCUACGUGACUUUACCGAAAGAACCAAGAAGAUCUUAACUUGUGUUUUCUUGGUGAUAUUUUGUUGAACCACAUUUGUCACCUGGCAGAUUAAAUCAUCUUAUUACACCAUGGUGCAAGACCAAACAUGACCCUGAGAAACCCUCGGUGGCCAUUACAGAGUUCAUUUGGACUGUUGCCCCCAAUCCACCUCACCAGCCAAGACCUGGCACCCUCAGAUGUGUGUGUAACUCGCUCCUCUGUGUGGACAUCAUUUUGAAAAUGAUACCGCUCUACUGGAUGUUAUCCGCAGAUGGUUGAGUCCGCUUGUGCAACGUUGAUGAAUCCUUCAGCUGUGAUACAAUGCUUGUCCUGGUUCCAUAACGGCUCAAGAGUAAAGGAUGGAGACUUGAAAAUUAACUAACUGUUCGUGAACUUUAUGUGAAUGAAUAUAUGUUCACAUCAGUUCACGGUAAUAUGUUUCUGAGAAUAGGCAUUGCAUUUUUUGGGCCAUCCCUCCGAUUAUUGAUGUUGCUCCUGGAAAGAAAAGCACCCCCCUCUUUAUGAUAUUGUCGCUGUAGUUUCAGCUUCAUGAUGUAUCACUGACACUUGUUUUUUUUUUCGUUCAGUGUUUUGAUUCGUUCAUUUGUUGUAAAUUGUAUUUGGUUUGUGGCGUUGCCAAUGGUUUUGGGUACAGCAAGGGCUUCUAGUUACGUGUACAUACGGCUGAGUAGUUGAUUUGGUGUAUUUGUCUUUUUAGAUACUGACAUGGAAGCAUAUUUGAAUCUUUACUAUGAGAAUAAUAAAACUUUGAAACGUA